AAAUCUGGUGAACUAGGCAGCGUUUGGGCAUCGUAGAAGAAUCCCGAGAAUCCGGAUGCUGACUAGAUAGGCGGCUCGUGAGGUUUUGAAACACAGCCAGUAAAAGCGCCGCUGUUACAGCAGCAUUCAUCUGACUCGCAGAGCUCCGGGCGAACCAUCUGACAUCGCAGGGUUAUUCGCUCUCAAAGACAGCAAUCAGCCAUUUUAGCCUUCCGCGCAUAUCCAUGCCAAAAGAACAAAGCUUCCAUGAGGCACAAAGGCAAAAGACCGAGAGUUUUAGACAAUAAUAAAAAACCUGCUCUUUUAUUUCCGCGAGUUGCCUGUUUUCAAACUGAAUUCUAGCAUGUGCCACAUGUGACGAUUGUAGGAAUGUGGAGCAUGGGAUCACAGCAGCCCUUCACCUACAGCUUGGAAUCAUCUUGGGAGAUGACAGAUGGAUGCAUAGGGAGGAUCGAAGCCUGCCAGCCAACGUUGUAAACUCACCAUGGACCAGGGCUUCAGUUUCAGCACGCUGAAGAAGUUAGCAGCUGAGCCAGAUCACACUGACGUUACUCUGCCAGCAGUGGAGCGUGUGCGGGCCCUCAGCAAAAUGGGCUAUAACAUUGAAAUAAAUGAAGACAUCGCCCCAAGACGCUACUUCCGCUCUGGCGUGGAGAUGGAGCGUAUGGCAGCUGUUUAUCUAGAGGAGGGCAGUCUGGAGAAUGCCUUUGUCCUCUACAACAAGUUCAUCACUUUAUUUGUUGAGAAGCUUCCCAGUCACAGGGACUAUCAACAGUGCAACGUCCCUGAGAAGCAAGUGAUAAUGAAGAAAUUGCAGGAAGUGGCCUUUCCACGAAAGGAGCAAUUGAAGAGACUUCUCCAUGAGAAAUACAGCAAAGAACACAGUGAAUAUCUGAAGAGUCAGACUCAAGCCAUGGCUGUUGACAUGUGUAGUGAACGAGUGCAGAAGAUGUCUCUGUUGGAAGAGGAACGACAACGUGUAGCACAGCUCAGGAAGAUGCAAAUAGAGUCUGAGCAGUUCCGCUAUUUCGAGGACCAGUUGCGUAGACAAGAGCUGGCCAGUCGCAGGGAUGAGGCUGUCCCCAAAGUGCCUGAACAAACCGACGGGUCCUGCUUAUCCCAGACCCCGAGAAACCAUGUGCGCCUUGACCCCAAUCGUAACAAACCAGCGGCCCCCGUCCCUAAACCGGCAGCCACCUUAGCAGCUGUUCAAAAUCAGCGUGUGGAAGGCCUGAGGCGGGUUUUAAUCCCACGAGACCUGACUUACAGGUUCCUUCUGUUAGCUGACAGUAACACGGCGAGAGGAAUUGAGACGUGUGGAGUUCUCUGUGGAAAACUGACGCACAAUGAGUUUGUGCUGACCCAUGUGAUCGUCCCCAAGCAGUCCGCUGGCCCUGACUACUGUGACAUGGAGAAUGUGGAAGAGCUGUUCAGUUAUCAGGAUCAUCAUAACCUUCUGACCCUUGGCUGGAUCCAUACACAUCCGACACAGACGGCCUUCCUCUCCAGUGUGGAUCUACACACACACAGCUCUUAUCAGCUCAUGCUACCUGAGGCCAUCGCUAUUGUUUGCGCACCUAAACACAAUGACACCGGAGUGUUCCGACUCACUAGUGCUGGAAUGGGAGAAGUGGCCGGAUGCAGAUUGAAAGGUUUUCACCCCCACUCUAAAGACCCUCCUCUGUUCACUAUUUGCAAGCACAUUGUGGUGAAGGACUCGAAAACGACAGUUCUAGACCUCAGGUGACAGAGGGAGAGAGGAAAUAUUUUAGUAUCAACAAACCAUUGAGAAUAUUUAUAUCUUUCUUUACUUGAAGGCUUUUUUUGUAUUUAUUUAUUUUACAAAAAGGUACUGUGAAACAGAAUCCCUCAGCUACACAGUUUGCUGUGAGCAGGUUUAGUGAAGUUCUUGAGAUGUUCCAAUGGUGUUUUAUGUUUUUUUUUUAGGUCAUUAUCCGCUUUUUGUUCGUGGCCAGGUGUUUUUCAAAAAUGUUGUGGUCAGAUUGUACCGUUUCUUAUGAUCUGACUGCUGUUUUGGUUCUUUGUCCUCAAGGUGGCGUCCUUUAUCAAGGCAUACUAUGAGGCUGCUACAAUGUGAAUUGAUUUCAGGACUUUUUUUAAAAGGAAGCGGUUUGUUUGUGUAAUUUGCCUUUUGAUAUCCAGUGAUAUCGCUUGCAGUUCUCACUCUAACACAAAAUAUACUGAAAAAGUGAAAUUUCUUUUUAAACCUAACUGAAUUUUCUAGUUUUGUGUAUGCUGCCAGUACAAAAAUAAAAUGAAUUGCUACUAGAGUAAUUUCUAGGCCUUACUAUGUAUUACUAUCAUAUAUGUGGUUGAAUGGUUGAUAACUUUACUUUGUAUACAGUCAGUUCAGCUAAUUUCAGGCUAAAGGAUUUCUGUCUUUUCCAACUUCAGCCUAAUGAUGCAAUAUGACGUUGGCCAGUGAGCUGACUUUUGAUUUCCAAGUUCAGCUUUUUUUCCCAAUGUGGAUCUGACAACAGGGGAAGUGACUCUGAAAGUUUGGAAAAGGAUUUCUGUUUUUUUUCCAACUACAGCCUAUUGACGCAAUAUGAAGUUGGCUGGUAAGCUGAUUGUUUUUAUGUCCAAGUUUAGCAUUUUUAUCAGUGUGGAUCAGAUUACAAGGGAAGUGACUCUUAACGUAUGAACAAGAUUGGGAUCUCUUAGACCACACCAAAGUUCCCAUAACAGAAUAAGCAAAGAAACCUAAGAGACCUUACCAGAGGGCCUUGAAUGCACUCAUCUCAGGGUUACAUUCCCUCAUUUUGACAACUUGAUCUUUGUCUCCACUAUUUUUAUGGUUUGAGAAGAAAACGUUUUGUCACCAGCGGAAGGUAAGAUGAAAUGUAUGAUAAAUUGUGAAUCCACGCAGUUCAGAGAGUGUUCACUAUAUCAUGUAUUUGUUGUGCAACGUGGCAUUGGAUUGUUUCUUCAGUGUGUGGCUGUGUGCCAGUGGCUCCACUGAGAUGUGCUGUGUUGUUGUGGCUCUUUAUGCUCAAGAGAGUACAAGAAGGCUUAUGUGUCUGUACAAGCACCAUUCUUUCCUCAGCGCAUUUCCUAAUAAAAGAAAAAACCUCGGCUUUGAAAACAGCGUGAGACAGUUUUUUUAAUCUUUAUGAUCUUCCCAAGUAAACUGAUGCAUACAGUAUGAUGAAACAAAGCAAACAGCAUGAUUCAUUACAGGCUUCUGAUUGCUCAUACAUGCUUCAACAUAUUAUGAUAUGCAUUUGAUUAAUUUUCCUUUUAAUUUUUUGGUCAAAAAUGGGAACCAUUUAAUUCAACAUUUAAGUUGACAACAUCAUCCCAUUUUUUGGACAAGUGAUUAUCAAUAGAAAUCAAUAAUUAUUAGGUCUGGCAGUUCACUUAAUUAAUUAGUUAUGAAAAAAUAACGCAAUUAAAAUAUUGCAAUAUAUUUUUUACCACAGUAGCCUCUGCCUUGCUCACGGGGAAAAUAUUAUGGAAUAACCUUCUAACCUUCUGAUAAGAAUAUUUAAUGUGAAAAUUAGGGCUGUCAGUUUAAGGCGUUAACUUAAUUAAUUAGUAAUGAAAAAUAAUGUGAUUAAAAUAUUUUAUCUCAGUUACACAAUAUCAUAUGGGCAGCAAAAGCAAUAUGACAGGAGUGCAGGUUUUGUCUCGAUCUAUCACGAUCUUAAAUGUGAUUUAAUACAACAGUUACGUAAAUAAGAAGUUGAUACUGUGUUAUAUUUUAAACACAAUAUUAUCAGUUUUUGCUCAAUUUUGCAAAGAACAUAUUACCUUUGAAGCCAUAGCAGAAUUAUUGCACGUCUCGGAGCAACACAGCGGAGUUUAGUUACUGAAUGAAUCCGCGUUUUAAACGAAUUGUGUGUGAACCAAUGAUUCAAACCUUGAGAAGGUUUGAAAGAAGGUAUUUUGAAGACCGUUGGUAACAAAGCUGUUUUGGUUACCAAUGACUUUCAUUGUAUGAGCAAAUAAUACUGACAUUUUUCUCAAAUGAUCUUCUUUUAAGUUCCAUAAAUGUUUAUGUGUAAUAAAUUCUAUGUCGAAUCAAAUAAAAUAUUUCUUUCUAAAGAGUCAA